CCUCUCAAGUCACAGGACCCUUCUUCUCCCUCCCUUUCUGCAAACUGUUACAGUUGGCAGUAACAGCCAUCAGUGUUGCACUGCUUGCUCAGCGGUGCAAUUUCCUUUCAGCUCUCUCUUCGAGGAAGUGAAACCACUGUGAUGUAUUUUUACAUUUGGAGGUGCCAGAGCAAAAUGGAGCACUGCAGGCGGGAGAGAAAGGUAGCUGAGAAGAGCUGCUGUUACGGCAAAGGGGAAAAACCCAUAUGCACUCUAUGAUAGCUUCUGACAGUGUUUCAAAGCGCAUGAUAAAGCGUGCAGUGGAUUUACUGGAAUAAAUAAGCCAUAGGCAAGUCUUCACCUUGGGUAUUUUGCUUCUCUUUCUGCUGUCAGCAUUAACAACUGCAAUUACUUUAGAUGAACAAUGGCCACAGAUGUCUUCAACUCCAAAAGUCUGGCCAUUCAGGCCCAGAAGAAGAUCCUUGGAAAAAUGGUGUCCAAAUCAAUCGCAACUACUUUGAUCGAUGAUACCAGCAGUGAUGUUUUAGAUGAGCUUUACAGAGUAACAAAGGAAUAUACACAAAAUAAAAAGGAAGCAGAGAAGAUCAUCAAAAACCUCAUUAAAAUAGUCCUCAAAUUGGCAAUUCUCUACAGGAACAACCAAUUUAAUCAGGAUGAAAUAGCACUGAUGGAGAAAUUCAAGAAGAAGGUUCAUCAGCUGGCUAAGACCGUGGUCAGUUUCCAUCAGGUGGAUUAUACCUUUGACAGGAACUUUUUGUCCAAACUGUUAAAUGAUUGCAGAGAGCUACUUCAUGAAAUCAUUCAGCGUCACCUAACUGCAAAGUCACACGGACGUGUCAAUAACGUGUUUGAUCACUUCUCUGAUUGUGAAUUUUUGGCUGCCUUGUACAAUCCCUUUGGACCUUAUAAACACCAUUUGCAGAAGCUUUGUGAUGGGGUCAACAAAAUGCUAGAUGAGGGGAACAUAUAAGUACUUGUAUUAGAGGUGACUGCCCAUGAAUUAUUUGUAGAUGGAACACUGUUGAUUUAUGAAGGAAUAAGGGAGCAUGCAAAGAGGGUUUUUUUACAUAUUGACAAAUAUUUCCAAAUAUCUUUAUUAAUUGAUUUCUUACUACAAACUAUGUGUUGCUAUUCACAGUCCAUCUGGAAGAAAGACUAUACAGGACUAUUUUUACUAUGCUUUGCCUAUGGAAACAGCUUGAUAAAGGCAAUCAAACAGAAUGAUCCAAGUAGAGUAAGAGUCUUGCAAGAUAGAUACACAAACCAAAACAAUAUGCUGUCAGACAAUCAGCGUCUUUCAUAGAUUUACAGAAUUAAUUCUAAACUAUCAGAGUCCAGUAAUGUUGGUAACAGACUAUCCUGGUGAUGGUACACUCUGUAAUUUUUUUCACUUGUAAAAUAGAUGUAUUUGAUUCAUUUAUAGUCUUUUGUGCUCUCUGCACAGAUCAUAGCUUCCUAGUAUUGCCAUUAUGAAGCACUGAAUUUAAAUAAUAUCAGUGAUGCUGUCACAUAGAGUCUUAACAGCAGGCUGGUGCAUCGCCAGCUCAGAGAUGAAAAAUUCCUGUCUGGAAAGAAGGAUCUGCCAAAUGUAGAUCCUUAUAGACCUGCACAGAUGCUUGCUUACUUUGAUUAUAUGGGGAUUAUUUGAGUUAUAAGCUACAGUAAAAUAGCCGAACUGGGGAAAAGUAUUCCCUAGAAACCACCUGCAGUACCAAAUUUUAACUCUGCCUGUGAUAAGGUAAAACACAGUGACUUCUCUGUGCAGUUCCUUGAGAUAUUUAGAAUUCUGCUACUAGAAUCAUAGAAUCAAUCAUUUGGGUUGGAAGGGUCACAAUUCUUUUUGGAAAGGUGUGAGUCAGUAUAUUUUAUAUGCUAGUCUGAUGUGUAUAAUGAUGUGAAUUGACUAAGGUUGAUCAUCCAGAAAUCCAGCCAAUUUGCUUUCUGUACAAUGCAACUAGAAACAGAAAUUAGUUUUAUCAUUGUGUUAUAUACUAUUUAACUAAUGGAAAAAUGGAAUUUUGAAUAAAUUUUUUUCUUUUUUUCUCACUUCCUACUUUUUAUCCUUCUUUUUCUCCUUCAUCUUCUCUCUGCCUUGACAUUGGGGAUAAAAAAAUGUGACUUUCUAGACACUGUAAUGUACUUUAGAGCAUGAAGUUAAUACAUUUCAAACAGCCGAAGACUUUUUGUUAGGAAGCAUAUACAGAAUUUGCUGUUUAUUUAAUUGCCAGUGUUUUUGCUGUUUGCUGUGUCCUUUUGUUUUAAUGAGUAAACCAAAGAAUAUUUGCACUCCAAAAUUUU